AUGGGUGCCAAAGAAGUUUCUGAUGAUCCCACUCACCCAGACUCCGCAGAGACUGUACACGUGUCAGCAUUGGCACUACUGAAAAUGUUGAGGCAUGCUCGAAGUGGAGUGCCUUUGGAGGUCAUGGGUCUAAUGCUGGGUAGUUUUGUGGACGAUUAUACGAUAAAUGUUGUGGAUGUUUUUGCGAUGCCUCAGAGUGGAACUAGCGUUACGGUUGAAUCGGUCGACCCUGUAUAUCAAACGAAACACAUGGAGCUACUUAAACAGACUGGUCGCACUGAAAUGGUAGUUGGAUGGUACCAUUCUCAUCCAGGCUUUGGCUGCUGGUUAUCCAGCGUUGACGUUAGCACACAACAAUCCUUUGAAGCUCUUCAUCCCAGAGCUGUAGCUCUUGUCGUGGAUCCUAUACAAAGCGUCAAGGGAAAUGUGAUGCUGGAUGCUUUCCGAUCCAUAAAUCCAUUGGCCGUAAAUCCUCGCCUUUGCGCACCAACUGCUGAAGCCCGUCAGACCACUAGCAAUAUGGGCCACCUUGUUAGACCAAGCCUUGUAUCUACAGUACAUGGUUUAGGAUUACGAUAUUACUCGUUGAACUGUGCGUACAAACUGACCACAAGAGAACAAAAGAUGUUGUCUAGUUUGAAUCAAAAAUCCUGGUCGGAUGGAAUGAGCAUUAAAAAGUUCUCCGCUGUUGAACAGGCUAACAGUGAUCAAGUAGAGGAGAUGCUUAAGCUCACGCAAUUAUUUACUAAGGAUAUACAAUCAGACAAACCGAUUGCCACUAACGAAGAACAAAUCAAAAAGUAUGGGCGUCUGAAUGCUAAACAAAAACUAGAAGAACUGGCUAAUCAGAUCAUGGCCGAAAACAUAGUGCAGCAACUGAGCACAGUGAUUAACACGCAGUCCUUGCAGUAG